CUCAGUCCGCAGCUCAGCCUGCUGCUCCUCGUAGGCUCCUCCCUGGCGUGCGCGUGAGGAGAGAAGAGACCGAGAUCCGCAAGCGGUUCAGAGGGGGGGUGCGUCGCGCAGGCAGGACCGAGGAGGAAUCACCACAGCCCCGGCCGGGACUGCCAGACCCGACCCGCUGGAUCCCUGGAGGAACGGAGAGAACACGUCGCCCAAGGGAGAGGAGCUCUGUUCAGGUCUAUGUGAAACCAUAUACUGGAUGAAAGCACUCUCUCAUGAUGUUCUCGUCUGUGAAGGCCUUCGAGGGGCAGCAGUACUCCACCCUGAAGAGGCAGUGCCUUGCCAGCGGCCUGCUGUUCGAGGACCUGCGCUUCCCCGCAGUGGAUGACACCCUCUUUUACCAGGGCAACAGGAUCGGACGUGUGCACUGGAAGAGACCCCGGGAGCUCUGUGAGGACCCUCACCUGUUUGUGGAUGGGAUCAGUGCGCACGACCUGCACCAGGGCCAGCUGGGAAACUGCUGGUUUGUGGCGGCGUGCUCCAGCCUGGCCUCCAGAGAGUCCCUGUGGUCCAAAGUCAUCCCAGACUGGAAGGAGCAGGAGUGGGACACAGAGACGCCUGAGUCAUAUGCCGGAAUCUUCCACUUCCGCUUCUGGCGCUUUGGCGAGUGGGUGGACGUGGUGAUUGACGACCGGCUGCCCACGGUGGACAACCAGCUGGUCUACUGCCACUCAGAUGACAGUAACGAGUUCUGGAGCGCACUGGUGGAGAAGGCCUAUGCGAAAGUAUACGGCUGCUACGAGGCCCUGGAUGGUGGGAAUACGGCGGAUGCACUGGUGGACUUCACAGGGGGUGUGUCGGAGCCUAUGGACCUGCUGGAGGGCCAGAUGGCCACGGACGAGGUGGCCCGCAACCAGCUGUUUGAGAGGGUACUGAAGGUCCACAACCGGGAUGGCCUCAUCAGCUGUUCCAUCCGGGCAACCACUGUGGAGGACAUGGAGGCGCGGCUGGACUGCGGCCUGGUUAAAGGUCACGCAUACGCGGUGACGGAUGUGAAGAAGGUGCGUCUGGGCCAGGGCCUGCUGGCCUUCUUCAAGUCAGAGAAGCUCAACAUGAUCCGCAUGAGGAACCCAUGGGGAGAGAAGGAGUGGAGCGGGCCCUGGAGUGACAGCUCAGAUGAGUGGAAGAAGGUGAGCAAGAGUGAGAGAGAGAAGCUGGGUGUCACCGUGCAGGACGACGGAGAGUUUUGGAUGACGUUUGAUGACUUCUGCCAGUACUUCACAGACCUGAUCCUGUGCCGCCUCAUCAACACCUCCUACCUGAGCAUCCACAAGACCUGGGAGGAGGAGGUGAUGAGGGGCUCCUGGGUCCCCCGCCAAGAUCCCCUGAGGAACCGCUCUGGGGGCUGCAUCAACCACAAGGCUACCUUCCUGCAGAACCCACAGUUUGUGUUUGAUGUGAAGAAGGUAGAGGACGAGGUGUUGAUCGCCCUGCAGCAGAAGGAGAGGAGAGCCACCACCAAAGAGGGCAAAGGAGAUAACCUGGCCAUAGGCUUUGACAUUCACCGGGUGGAACUGAACAGAAAGUACCGCAUGCACACGUCCCAGCAGAAGGUGGCGGGCUCCAUCUACAUCAACUCGCGCUGCGUCUUCCUCAGGAAGGAGCUCAAAGAGGGUCGCUACGUCAUCAUCCCCACGACUUUUGACCCCAGGCAGCAGGGUGACUUCCUGUUGCGGGUCUUCACCGACGUGCCUUCAGACUGCAAAGAGUUGAACCUAGACGAACCCCCCCAGACGUGUUGGACGGGCAUGUGUGGUUACCCCCAGCUGGUCACCCAGGUCCACGUUCUGAGUGCAGAGGGACUCCAGGGCCAGGACUCUAAUGGGGCCUCUGACCCGUACGUCAUCAUCACCUGUGAGGGGGAGCGGGUGCGCUCACCGGUGCACAAGGACACACGGAGCCCCAACUUCGACAUCAAAGGCCUGUUCUACCGCAAGAAGCCCAAGGAAGGCAUCCACAUUGAGAUCUACAAUAAGAAUGUGAUUGUGGAUACCUUCCUGGGUCAGGUGACCCUGUCCAGUGACCCGAACGACCGGCAGGUGCAGCACACGCUCCACCUGCGCGACAAGGGCAAUCGCCAAGACAACGACCUCCCAGGCACAGUCACCGUGCGCCUCAUCACCUGCACCACACUCAUCAACAUAUGACGUCCCUUCCGUCUCCGCUCUCGCCAUGGAAUGUCGGAGCUUUACCUUUGACCUUUGUCAUCAUGACAACCCUUUGCCUCCCCCUCCCCUCCCCACCACUAAACCGAGCAUGGCAAUUAACCUGUUAACCCUGGGAUCUAGCUCCACCUGACCCGGGGCUCCCCUAAACAUGUACAGACACAGCUUGGUGUCUUUUUUUCUCUUUCUCUUUCUCUUUCUCUCUCUCUCUCUCUCUCGCUCUCUCUCUCUCUCUCUCUCUCUCUCUCUCUCUCU